AUGGAAUUAAGACAAAAGAAACAUUGUCUGGAAAAGGGUACAACAGUGUCCCGUACUACUUCUAUUGCUUCAAUUGUUUCCAAUUCUAGUAAAUCUAGACAAACUUAUUAUUUUUGGCAAAGAAAUGAUUCGGAACUUAGAAGAGAAAUUACUAUUUUGCAAUUGAAGAUUACUCAAUUGGAAAAUUACUUAAAAGAAGAGGAACGCUCUUCAACUCAUUAUAAUAAAACUGUAAGUAAAGAAAUUAACAGAAAUUCAAAAAUUUCUUUUAUUACUGGAAUUAAAACACAUACUAAUUCCACCCAACUCAGGAGGAGAUCCGAUAUUAAAGAACUCAAAGCAAAAUCUCAUGCUAAUACAAAGUUAGAGACAAUAGCAGAGGAAAUUAACGGUUCAUCAAAUGUAAGUGUUACAAGAGUCAAUCCUCAAAAUAUAACGUUUACUCCCAUUAUUAAAUCCAAGAAAGAUGAUGAUAAAGAUUGCGCUCAUAUUAAACUACACUCGAAGAAAUUAUUCUUCAAUUUAGGAAGUUUUAUCUAA